AUGUCUUUCUCAGUUAAACCCAGAGUCAGGCUCUUCCAGAAGGCCCUCCCAGACUCUGGUGGGAUGAAAGUAACUUGUCUGGCCACUGGGUUUUACCCCCGUCACAUCAACCUGACCCUGUUCAGAGAUGACCAGCCUUUGGAUAGCCACCAGAUCACUGGAGGGGAACUGCUACCUAACGGAGAUGGAACCUACCAGAUGAGGAAGAGCCUGGAGGUCAGCACAGAUGAUCUAAAGGAGAACUACCAGUACACGUGUAAGGCUGAGCAUCUCAGCCUGGACAACAAGUUGGACAUACCUUUAGAUUAUGAACCUUAUCCAGGCCAGAAACAUGUUGUGGCAGUGGUG